GGGACAUGCUGUCCUGGCUCCAAGGUGGAGGCUGUGAUGACUAUGGCAGAGGUCAUGACUAUCAAGAUCUAGAGCACCCAAGAUACGGGCCAUGGUGGUCAGAAGGCCCUAACAGUGUUUCCGGAGGAGGAGAGGACAGCUUCUUUGAUGUACAGCCUUACCACUCUAUUCCAUCCUGGAUUCCACUCACCCACAAUGAAACAUUGAAACCGCAACAAUACGACCGGGUUAGCUGCAAGCGAGACACAGGUUAAGUUCUGUGUGAAGAGGUUCGGAGAAAGAGAGAGAGCUCCGGCUACCCUAAGAGCAUCCGCCUGGCUCCGGUGGCCGCUCCGAGGACUUGUUGCUGUUACGCUGCUGCCGUUGCCGCCGCCGCCGUUGCCACCCGGAGAAAACCAGCCACCUACAGGCUCGACGCGGUCUGGGAGCCAAAAGGUGGCCCGCGUGAGUGUGAGCGCGCGCGCCGCGGACCCUCGCAGUGCUCUGGGACUGUGCGCUUCUCGGUCUUUCUGGGGUUGGGGGGCGUGUCCCCGGCCCAGAGGAUCCUUGGGCUUGCCCCUACCUCCUGGGACCCCUGGCUUGAGUCCUCGACCCUGGUCUCCACUUCCUGCCUCCCUAGGCUCUGCCUGCCCAAAUCCCAACCACCUGUACACCAGAGAAACCCAACUCCUCCCGCUCCGCGCCCUGGGGGGUGGGGAGGGAGGGAGGCAGGGGCAGAGCCACGCCGCAGAAGGGGCCGCCACUGUCUCCUGCCUCCUCCUCCACCUCCUCCUCCUCCACCUCCUCCUCGUCUCCUCCCCCUCCCCGGUCUGACGCUGCCUCCUUGGGAAGGGUGUUUGGAGGGCAGCGGCCGCCCCAAGCCGGAGCCCCGCAGCGCUUCUUAUGAUCAGCUCGGUGUGUGUCUCCUCCUACCGCGGGCGCAAGUCGGGGAACAAGCCUCCGUCCAAAACAUGUCUGAAGGAGGAGAUGGCCAAGGGCGAGGCGUCGGAGAAGAUCAUCAUCAACGUGGGCGGCACGCGACAUGAGACCUACCGCAGCACCUUGCGCACUCUACCGGGCACCCGCCUUGCCUGGCUGGCGGAUCCCGACGGCGGGGGUCGGCAGGAGUCGGAUGGUGGCGGUGCAGGUAGCAGCGGCAGCAGCGGUGGCGGGGGCUGUGAGUUCUUCUUUGAUCGGCACCCGGGUGUUUUUGCCUAUGUGCUCAACUACUACCGUACCGGUAAGCUGCACUGCCCCGCCGACGUCUGUGGGCCUCUCUUCGAGGAAGAGCUCACCUUCUGGGGUAUUGAUGAAACUGAUGUGGAGCCUUGCUGCUGGAUGACCUAUAGGCAGCACCGCGAUGCUGAGGAGGCACUGGACAUCUUCGAGAGCCCGGACGGGGGCGGGGGUGGCGCAGGGCCCAGCGAUGAGGUUGGCGACGAUGAGCGGGAGUUGGCCUUGCAGCGACUGGGCCCCCAUGAGGGAGGCGCGGGCUCUGGUGCUGGAUCCGGGGGCUGCCGUGGCUGGCAGCCCCGAAUGUGGGCGCUCUUCGAGGAUCCCUACUCAUCCCGGGCAGCCAGGGUGGUAGCCUUUGCCUCUCUCUUCUUCAUCCUGGUCUCCAUUACGACCUUCUGCCUGGAGACCCACGAGGCCUUCAACAUUGACCGCAACGUGACAGAGAUCCACCGGGUAGGGAACAUCACCAGCGUGCGCUUCCGGCGGGAGGUAGAAACAGAGCCCAUCCUUACCUACAUCGAGGGUGUGUGCGUGAUGUGGUUCACUCUAGAGUUCCUGGUUCGCAUUGUGUGCUGCCCAGACACACUGGACUUUGUGAAGAACCUGCUCAACAUCAUCGACUUUGUGGCCAUCUUGCCCUUCUACCUGGAGGUGGGACUGAGUGGCCUGUCAUCCAAGGCGGCGCGGGAUGUGCUGGGUUUCCUGCGCGUGGUGCGCUUUGUGCGCAUCCUGCGCAUCUUCAAGCUCACGCGCCACUUUGUGGGGCUGCGGGUGCUGGGCCACACGCUCCGAGCCAGCACCAACGAGUUCCUGUUGCUUAUCAUCUUCCUGGCCCUGGGUGUGCUCAUCUUUGCCACCAUGAUCUAUUAUGCUGAACGCAUUGGGGCCAGGCCAUCUGACCCACGGGGCAACGACCACACCGACUUCAAGAACAUCCCCAUUGGCUUCUGGUGGGCCGUGGUCACCAUGACAACACUUGGCUAUGGGGACAUGUACCCGAAGACGUGGUCAGGAAUGCUGGUUGGGGCCCUGUGUGCGCUGGCUGGCGUGCUAACCAUUGCCAUGCCUGUGCCCGUCAUUGUCAACAAUUUCGGUAUGUACUACUCCCUGGCUAUGGCCAAGCAGAAGCUGCCCAAGAAGCGCAAGAAGCACGUACCGCGGCCAGCCCAGCUUGAGUCACCCAUGUACUGCAAGUCUGAGGAAACUUCGCCCCGGGACAGCACCUACAGUGACACCAGCCCCCCUGCCCGGGAAGAGGGUAUGGUUGAGAGGAAACGGGCAGACUCUAAGCAGAAUGGUGACGCUAAUGCGGUGCUGUCUGAUGAGGAGGGAGCUGGCCUCACCCAGCCCCUGGCCUCGGCCCCCACCCCUGAAGAGCGUCGGGCCCUGCGACGCUCAGGCACACGAGACAGAAACAAGAAAGCAGCUGCCUGCUUCCUACUCAGUUCUGGGGACUAUGCCUGUGCCGAUGGCAGUGUCCGAAAAGGCUGCGAAAAGUCCCGGAGUCUAAACAACAUAGCAGGAGCGGCUGGAACCAGUCUGGGGCUGUCUCCACUGGCAUCGCGGUACAGCUCGCCCUAUCCUCCGAGAAAGCUCCUGCUCUCGCACCCCUUCCACCCUCUCACCAGCCCCCCACCUGGCCACUCAGGUCCUUAGCUGUCCCAUGGCCUUCCUCAGCUCUGACACUGGGACACAUAUCCAAGUAGGCAUGUUUACAUGCCAUCCCAGCCCUCAUCCCUCCUGAGGUCUGAGAAAACAGCAGAAGGGAACUUCAGUCAGGAUGGAGAAUUCGAGUCCCUGAGCCAGCCCUCCACGGCACCUGGCUCCCCCAAACGGUCAGCCCUGGAACCUGAGUACAAAGGGGGAGAUACUGUCAGCUUCUCCCUGAACCAUAGGUGCUGGCGCACUCAGGACCUGUGUCCCUGGAUUUUGCCUUCAGCUUAGCAUCCUAUAGGCCAGGGCGUGCGUGGUACACGGAGUAUCGGAACUACUCAAACUUGCCUGCAAAUCAAACCUACAUUUGUAUUUUAAUCACAGAAAUUUAAUUUGCAUUCCUUAUGGCCUUUAACCAGUAACCAGCUUGUCUGUCUGUCUGUCUAUCCACCCCACACCAAGAUCAGCAGGUAACAAGGCUGUCUCAUGGGGCAUCUCUGCUGGUGUAAAGGACAUUUGGCUCCUUGGACCAGCAGCACCUGUCGACAGAGCUGCCCUGGGAGCAGGACCUGGUGUUUUCCAGCUGUACCUUGGGGCACAGAUGGGAGUUCCUAGAACCCAAGCCCCAAGCUUGGUGCAAGCCCUGGUGUGGCAGGGUGUGUAAGUGCAGGGAGGCCCUCCUCCCCGAAGCCCGUGCCCAGAUUCAGCGGGUGACACCCAGCUUCCCAUCUGUGCCCUGCGCUGCAGCAUCUCCACACUGCUUCCUCUGCUUCAGCGACAGUUUGCUCCCUCUCUUUCUCGCUCCCUGAUUCCCAGCCCUGCCUCUGAGUCACCUGCCACUCCCACCCAGCCUCUGCUCUGUAUUCCUGCCAGAACCGGAGACUCAUCUAAUUUCUAUAAUUAAGUGUAUUCAUUUACCUAACGAGCCCAGGAGCACAACAGGUUUGUGAGUCAUUGGGUGAGCAGGGGUACACCUUGCACAGAGACAGCUGAGGGGAAGUGAGGAGACAGGAGCGCUCCUACCCACACCUGCCACCGGGCCCCACCUGCUCCCAAUAAGCCCCUCCCUCAGCCCCGGGCUAAAGGACAAAAGCCUCUACCAAGCCUCCCUGCUUUACCUGAUGGGAAUUGACCUGACAGCAGAGCCUCGCGCCUGGCAAUCUUAGAGUCCGAUUAUGCAACUUUGAAAAGGGCGUGGCUAAGGAAGGUCCAUAUUUGCUCCCUACAGGGUAAUAAAGGGACCUGGUGAGGCAGCUUUAGGGACCUGGCAGGAAACUGGGAAAUCAGGGGGGUCAACACAGAAGGUGGCCCAGGCAUAAAUGUAAGCUCGUUUCCUGAGGUUGGAGCUUUGCAAAGCGUGUGACAAGCACUGUCGCAUGAGCAAGCACUAGCUGACUGACCUUCUGGAAGUUCUGUUAGAUCAGGCCCUGGCAAACUCCUGUCCAGCCGUGCUCUACAGGGCCUGUAGCCACUGGCUCUCAGGAGGAGGUGUUUUCUGAGAGGUAAGAUGAGGAGAUACAGGGAAGCCUGGGAAGCCGGCUGAGUCUGAAUCGAGCCUCCUUGUGGUAGAUUCGGCCCCACCCAGCGGGGCUCCUGGCACCAGGAGACUGUGGUCUGACAGAGACAGGAUGAGCCCGGUGUCCAGUUUAGCAUGGGUACCACAGCUAUUUUCUCUGGCUUGGCGCUCUGGUUUGGGGAGCCGAGGCAGCUUUUUCUGUGGCAGCUCUCAAGCUGUCAAGAACCCAGGUUUCCACGGCACCCACCGCCUCCUCCCCUCUUCCCUCCUACAAGGAUGGGCAUGCUUACAGCACCCCUGUGGGGGGCACAGAUGUCCCUGGAAGACACAGUACAUCUGCCGGGUUGAAGCCCCUAGCAUUUGGUUGGAGAGAUGGGCUCCUAUACCUACCCCUAAUCUCCUGGCUCCAUAGGGAAGAGGCAGGGCCCAGUCGAUGGAAGAGCUAGGUGAGUUAUCUGCCCUCAGCUACCUCGUAGGACUUUUGUGUUUGCCCAGGGUCCCAGGAAAGAAAAAAAAGUCCAUUUUGUAUAGAGUCUUCCAUGCCUCCCCUAAGAGGCAAUUGCCUAUAUAAGCCUCAGAUCCAUUCAGGUGUUGAAUGUCCUUCACAAGGAGAAAGGUUUAUCCCAUGGAGACUGACGGCAUAGUUAACUUUUCCUUGCAUUGGACUUGGAAUUGGACCUGUUGCUUUUGCCUUUAGAACAUGACCCUGUAGCUGGGGACUGGGGGCCCUGCUUAAAGAGCAAGCAGGCAGCCUAGGAUCAAACUCAGAGCCUUACCUUCCAGACUAUGCCAGGACUCCUGACAACCCUAGAGGUAGCUGUGCAGCCCAGUCUUCUAAAACAAAUGGCUGUGAGGUGUCCCCAGUGGGAAGGGGCCUGACCAUCCUACAGCCUACAGGUCAGUAAGGACUUAGAAGGAAUUCUGAGUACUGGUCAAGGCUCCUGAAAGCAUCCCUGGGCCUUCACAAAGUAUCAAGAGAGCAAGACUUCCCUGCCCUUGUCAGUUUCUCUCUGAAGCUCCUGCCCCGAUCCUAAUAAGUCGUGUGGGAUGGAUUCCAGCAAAAGACUGCUAGAAAGAAUCUCCCCAACUGACUGUCAGAGGACCCCCAAAUGUGGAAAACAUAGAAACCGUUGACCAAAGCCACCUGAAGCCAUUCUUUCCCCAGUGGAUCUUAGGCUCUAGUGAUCUUUAGGGUGCCCCAAGCCACUCCCCUUUUCCUGGUGAGUAGGGACCAGUCCAUGGCUGACGCUUCUGAACGUACACAGACAGAGCAAUGUUAGAACGUGGUGUAAAGAAUAGCUCUGUCUUGUCCUCAGAAAUGGAGUGCUGGAGAGUCUUGGGCUCACUCCUGUGGUUUUCUAAGGGACUGUGUUUAAGGAGGUGCUUGGGGCCACAGUCUUAAGGAGAUGGUAACAGGUCAUGCUGAGAUGAGAAUAUAUAUAUAUAGUAAAAAGCCUUUAACAUGUCAGGGAGCCCUAGUGUAGAAGCAGUGAGGCUUGGAUGCCAAAUGACAUUCAGAAUAGCUGUACUAAUCAGUGUUGGGGUUGAAACUUCACCACACUGUUAGCUCAGCCUCCCUAGCUGUCUAGCCAGUACUGCCACUGGGAGAUAGAAAGAAGACCCAAGCCUCAGAUAUCUGAAACUGAGGGCGUGGGUUUCUUAGUAAGAUGCCAUAUGCCAGCCUGCUCUCCCAAGGCAAUGUGCUCUCCAUACCCAUGCCCCAGGACUCUGCCUAUCACUUUGAGGUCAGGGGCUGGGUGUGACGUGUCUUCCCACUCUAGAGCCAUCUUCACUGGCCCCUUGGGACAGUGGGGUUGUCCAUGGUGGUGAGGGCAGACGGGGCUAUUUGGGGGAGAGCACAAAGAGAGCAGAGGGCAGUUGGAGUGAGGGGCCACAGAGCCAUAGUCUACAGCAGGAAUUUUCACCGCUGCCUCCCUGCUGGGCUCUGUGGAGUCUGCUAUGGUUCCUCUCCCUGCCGCAGUAGACCUCCGAAGACCUGAAAGGCUAGUAGUUCUUGGAAAUGGCUACCUGAGUCUCAGUGUCACCUGGGUCUCCUCGGCCUGGAGUCGGGUUGGCAGAGGAGAGAUGAAGGUCUCGCCGCACUUGCUGUACCACCCCGGUUCUUCCUUGCCUCUUAGCCCGGGGUCCCCUCUGCCUUCCAGCUCUGCUCUUGACUGUUCCUUAGCCCACAGCCCGUGGGUCAGCAGCUGGCUGGCUUCCUUCUAACGUCUCACUCUUUGUUUCUCCCUUUCUUUUGCUGAACUCUUGACCCCCCCCCCCCCAGAAGGCAAUGUUGAACGGAAAGUGUGCGUCCCAGUGUCUCACACCUGUGCUCUUUAAACACAGAGACCUGCCAAGACGCCCUCUCGUCCAACUAUGCCCACGCUGAAGUCCUCACCCUCUCUUAAGGCGGCACCAACGUGAGAAAGACAGGCAGACAGACAGAAAGCCAGAGGCUUAGGGAAACUCUGGAAUCCAGGCACGCAUCCUUUGCUGGGAAAGACUCAGAUAUCCUUGUUUGCACAGAACUGGUGGAGAAACCUCCCAGGCGACUCUCGGGCCCCAGAGCCAUCUGGGUCUGAUGCUCUGUUCUACUGUACAUUGAAGAGACAUAUAUGCACAUAAAGUAUCUAUAUUCAUACGUACUCUAUACUCUUGUGUGUAGUGCACGUGCUCCUGGUGGUCUGUCUUCAUUGUUAGGCUAUGUCUCCCAAGUCUUCUUCCCACCCUGUUAUCCCCUCCCCUCUUCCUUCGUGGAUUGUUCCUUCUGACCAUGUUGUAUGGAAUGUCCCAGGGAAAGUGCUGGGCCUGGCACCUGCCCCUCCAGCUGGGUGGUCCCAGGCUGCUCUCACUUGGGGUGUUUCCCCUGCCAGCAGGUGGUCUGCUGAAGUCUGUUAAGGCAAGAUUGCCCUCCAGGGUCACUGCUUCACUAGCCCAACCCCACCCCAGAUUGGGGUUCUACCUCCCACCCCACACCCCAGUUUGUGGGGGCACUUCCAGGGGCUCUUCUGUAGCCUCUGUAGCUCCUUCCAGCACCCCCUUCUGUGCCCUUAGCAGAGGGGAGUUUCAUUUCUUUUGUGUGAGUCUCCUUCGUCCAUUUGUUUUCAAAGAUGCUGCUGGGCAGAUGGAAGGGGAUCUGUUUGCCCAUCUGGCUCAGGGGUCUGAGAAGGGGACACCUUGGGCGAGAGAGGAGACCAGUCGCAAUACUGUACUUCCUGGCCGGCGGCCAGAGGACGCGUGCAAUAGCAGAGGCCAGGUGACCCCCUUCAGCCUUGGCCUCUGCCCCUCCCUAGGCCCUUCCUGCCCAUCCUUGGUAUUGGUCAGUCCUUUUCUAAAGCUGUUCCCUCGUGUGUGUCUGAGGCACGCCUAGGCCGGGCCCCUGUGCCCUGUCUGCACGCCCUCAACUGUCAUGCUGUGCUCGAGCACCAAUAAAGACAUCCAAGUGUCCUGCUGCUCCUCUGUGA